AUGUCAGCGGCAGUUGCUACAACAUCAACAACAAUGGGAGUGACACCAACCUCUACCCAAAAUGAUCAUCAUACCAACAAUAAUGAUGACUUGUUAAAGAUGGUAGUCAGCUCAAUAGCAUCAAUGGAUGGCCUGGAACAGAUUGCCAAGGCAACAGAGAGAGGUAUUAACUCAUUGAAGGAUAUAAGGAAGUUCUUUAAGUUGCGUGCACAGAUCGAGGAUGAGUACUCAAAGAAGUUGACACAGUUGGCAAAGGUGGAGCCAAGUGUCCAAUCAGGUUGUAUAAGUGCCACGGUGAUGGAGGCCUGGGCACAGAUCAGACAGACAGCGUCAUGGGAGGCAGCCUACCACGAGACACUAUGCAACAAUCUGAAUGACGCCGUCGUGGGAUCGAUCGACACACUGCUCUCGGCAUUGGAGAAGCGUAGCUCGACAAUCAUCUGCGACAUCAACAAGAGCUAUGGCGGCUACACCGAAGCCGUGCAGAAGCUGCGGAAGUCGCAGCAGACGUGGGAGAAGGCGUCCAAGGACUUGGAGUCGGCCUCCGCUGCCAGCUCUCCCGCGACCCAGCACAUCGCCUCACGCAUGUCGGUCAACGCCAACGCCAACACAAAUGACACGCUACGCAUCAAUAGACGAAUGCUCAAACAGAGCCAGGACGCCAUCCGCAUCAAUCGUGAGCAUCGCGAGCAUAUCAGCGAGACAAACACUAUACAGGCACACUUCUACGGCCAGACACUGCCACAUGCCAUCGUGGACUUCUCGCGACUGGAGAUCUAUCGAUCACAUUUGCUCAAGCAGUACUUCUUAAAGUUCAUCAACAUGAUCAGUCUGCCGCAUUACGAGUUGGAGAUGGUGGCGUUGCGCGAUAAGUUGGUCGGACUGAACUCGGACACUGAGGUUGGCAACUACAUACGACGAAUCAAGUCAUCGGUCAACAUGGCGGCCAAUCCUACGCCCUUUGAGUUGAUCGACCUCAAGGGAGGGUCGGUCGAUGGGGCCAACACCAACACUGACGAGAACAUUGCCAAGUCGCCCAUUCUCCAACCCUCAAGCUGGUCGACCACUACCAUCAUCGAUGACUCUGCAUCAACGGCAGCUGCAAUGAUCGUGGCCGAGCCAAUCAAAGAGCCCAUCACCCCCAUCAAGUCGGCACAAGACUCGGCCAACUCAAAGUCGUCGUCCAAGGACAAGGAGAAGGACAAGGACAAGGACAAGAAGGACAGGAAGUCCAGGUAUGGUCUGAUGAGACUGGGAGGUGGAGGUAAAUCAAAGAGUACCAGCAAUGGCAAACAACCCCAGACUCCUCAACAACACUCUGGACAUGGACGGCCACAGUUUAGUGUCCCACUCAUUCAGUUGAUGGAGCAACAGAAGGACACACAUCCAACAUUGACCAUACCUUAUGUGCUGGUGGUACUCAAGAGAUAUAUGAUUAGGAUGGAAGCAUUUACAACUGAGGGCAUCUUCCGUGUGCCUUCAAAGAUGUCGCAUGUGGAUGAGACCAAGAAGACGUUGGACGAAGGCAACUUUGAUGCGUUGGACGCAUGUGGCAACGUGCACACUCUGUCAUCAUUGGUCAAGCUGUGGAUACGCGACUUGCCCGAGCCAGUGAUCCCAUUCAAUAUGUAUAGCGACUUUGUCAACUCAUACGAUGACGCCGAUAGCAUGUUGGCUCACUUCCAUCGUCUGCCCCAACUCAAUCAACGCGUGUUGUCAUAUGUGUUGGAGAUCAUGCGUCUGUGCGCCACGCCAGAAAAUGUCAAGCAUACAAUGAUGAACUAUGACAACCUGGCCACGGUAUUCUCGCCAUCACUCAUUAGAAGCAGCUCGCCAGAGGUAACCUUUGGAAGCGUUUCCUCCGAGAUUGCCUCGGUCAAACUCAUGCUCGAGAUCAUCCCCGUGUUGGACAUUGAGGAUGGCAUUGAGAAACCCUCGAUACAACAACAACAGCAUCAACCCAUACAUGAUGACUCGACCUCAUCCUCGAGUGGGUCCAAUGGCUCCGGGGGCGGACGCACGUCAACGAGUUGCACGACGAGCAAUGGGGAGGCAACACCUGGCCAGGCAUUCGCGUCACCAAUGCAUACACCUCAGAAGUCCCCAAUGAUCAUCUCGUCCACCCCCAGCUACAACUCCUCGCACCCGCACACACCACGCUUUGACGAGGCAUCUGUGACAGCGCCAACAACAACCAUCGUAACUGUCACUACGCCUCGCUCAACCACGACCACUACUGCGCCACAAUCUCAAUCACAUGAUGUCACUCCAUUGCUCACGCCCAAGGUUGCCGCCACGACCCCGGCAUCAAACCUCACCAACGACAUACUCUGCGACAGCCCAUUCAAGGAGUCGCUUCAGAUAUCGCUGUUGCAAGAGUCGAUACGGCAGUCGAUCGAGGACUUCCACACUCAGAUGAUUCAGAGCUACUUGGACGUGACGACCAACAUGGACGUGACGGCGUAUCAUGCCAUGAGCAUGACCUACACAAUCGUCAAGUGCUGCCACUGGCUCGAGCAGUUCGUCACUCAUACAUUCAAGAUUCGAUCGUUCGACAACCUAAUGGCGGAGAUUGAACAGAAUGAGUUUAUGUCGCCACCUGCCGUCGCCUUCAAGAUACCCUCGUCCACGACCAAGCUCACGCCGUUGGCGCUGGGCGAACGUGUGCCACGCACACUCAAGCGCUGGGUGGUCAUGUUCACAAUGGUGGUCAACCAUGCUAGCAACUACCUCUGCUUCUUGGGUGGCACGAUGAGCAAGAGCCCGCCACUCAAGGGCCUUCUGUACGAGACGCACGAGUUCUUUAUGAAGCACAAGUUGCUUACGCCGCAGGAGAUCCAGCAGUCGGCCCACAAUCAGAUCGAUGUGGAGGCGGCCAUCAAGCUGGUCAACGGCACCAUUGAAAUGUCCAAAAGCUACCUCCCAUUCACCAUCCUCCCACUCAUCAAGCAGCUCGAGGAGCAAGACCAGAUUGAGAUGAUCUUUGAUGAGCAUCUCAGUGGCAGUGGCGGCGCGCCACCACCCUCCAUCACAGUCGCCGAUCAUUCAGUCAAGUCUACUGUACCGGCUCCAAGUGUUCCUCCAAUGUCGUCCCCACUGACAAUGUUGUCUGUUGAGUCGCGGGAUACACUGGUUCAGCCAUUGACACCAACAUCUACACUCAAUCAUCAAGACCUCAUUCGUGAGACAUCAUUCCUGAUCAUCAAGAUGUUGGACGACAGGCGAGACGAGUUAACUAAUGGUACAUGGGUGGAGCGUGAGCAACAGAUACAGUUGUCGACCAUUGCCAAACAGAUGAACACAGUCAAGAGCUCAUUGGAGGCAUUCAUCAAGGACCUCAAUGUACCAAUGCUGCCCUCGCCCACCAAGACUGAGACUGUCACUCCAACCACACCGCCUGGCGCUGGUCCACAAGUGGCGGCAACGCAACAGAUAUGUAACUAUACAAAGACUUUUAUUGAUAAGUCCAUCUUGAUGAUACGAUCAAUCGUGCAGGACCUGUCCAACCUGGACACCGAGCACUACAAGAACGUCGUCAAGAAGUUGUUUGAAAUAAAGGGUCACAUGGCAGUCCAUCACGUCGAUGGAUCUGCCUAA